GGGGCGGGUCUUCCGGGAGGGGGGCGGGCCUUCCGGGAGAGGGGCGCCCGGGAGAGGAAGGUCGCGUGUAGGGACUCUUGCUCCUUGCUGCUCAGGAAAUGUCUUCACUUUCAGAAUAUGCCUUGCGCAUGAGUCGUCUCAGUGCCCGGCUCUUUGGCGAAGUUGCCAGGCCCACCGAUUCCAAAUCCAUGAAAGUGGUGAAGCUCUUCAGUGAGCAGCCUUUGGCCACGAGGAAGGAGACCUAUGAUUGGUAUCCAAAUCACAACACGUACUUUGCACUCAUGGGGACACUGCGUUUUCUUGGCCUCUACAGAGAUGAGCAUCAGGACUUCAAGGAUGAGCAGAUGCGUCUAAAGAAGCUUCGCGGCAAGGGGAAACCAAGGAAAGGAGAAGGGAAAAGAGCAGCAAAAAAGAAAUAGUGUUGGCCCAUCAGGAGAAAAAACUUCUCUCUCAGCAACUGACAGCAGAAGAAGGUGUAUUCAUCUUUCCACAACUUGGUGGAGUGGGAGCUUCCUAAAUUGAUUAUUUGGAGGAACUUCAAUCAUUUCCAUGUUGAAGUCCAAUCCAGUUGAAUUGUGCCUGGUUUCUUGGACAUGUCCUAAUUCUACAAAGCUGUUUGGGCCUCCGAGGUUUACUUCUUUCUCUAAAGAAAUGACUGCAUAGAUGAUUGAGGAAGGGCUCAUUGGGGUGCAGAUGGGAUGUUGAGGGCAUGGGGGCAAACUCAUUCGAUGAGCAUCCCUUAGUCCUCAGUGUCCCUUCUCGCUCCCGCCCUGCACCAGCCCUGAACUCCUCCAUCCCAUCCCUCUGACCACUCAGCCACUGUCUCCAUCACCAAGCUCAUAAACUUUAGGUACCUCUCCACCUAUUCCUUGGAGAGUAUAUAAUAAGAUAGAUCUAUGGGACAAGGCUGUACCUGCUUAGAGAGUACUGAGUGAGUACCUGCUGUAUACAAUGUACUGGGCCCUGGUAAUACCAUGGUCAGCAAUAGAAAACAGACCCUAUCAUGUGGAACUUUUAGGCUUGUAGGAAAGACUAAAUAUUAUAUCAUUACACAAAUAAAAUUGUAUUAAAAGCUACAAAGGAAAAAUCCAGA